AGCGCGACGGAGAGGCGGGCCGCAGGAAGCACACUUGGUUGAAUGGCCAUUGAAGCAGCGAUCAGCGGUAAAUAUGUUAUGAUGCCACGCUCCAAACAGACACCGAGCGGAUUGUCCGAAGCUGCGGGAGGGCACUCUGGCACCGGGUAGACACUUGAUGAAAUGCUGCCGCUGAACGGCCGCGGACUGGCUGUGCGCGGAGCCUGCCAGCCAAAUCAAACCAGGAGUCGCUCUCUGGGGAUUUGAGCAGUGAUGGACAGCUGUUGGACAUCGAUAAGGCGCUGAGGUUAGGGAUAAAUUGACCGUGCGUUAACAUAGACUACACCAUGGACCAAGGAGCUGUGUUUUGUGGCUGCCAGAGGAGGAGGAGGAGGAGGAGGAGCGGCUGAGUUUUCUCCUCCGCUUCGAUCAGCGCAAGUGUGCGAGAGAAUCGUGAUGAUGCUUUUUGGCCAAACGUGAGGCUCCCAUCGCCGUCCGGGCUGCAAUGUGUGCUCAGUACAGGUGCAUCAAGACUGGACGGGACUGAACACAAGCCGCCAACAUGGGAUUCACCUUUUUAUUCCCCUCCACCUCCGUCUCUUCUGACCACAAACCGUUCACACGAAUACAGGAAGCAUGUGCGCAGAUAUAACGGGUUCACAGCGUAAUUGAUGGUGUUGCGCUAUGAUCUCUGGGGACUAUCUGAGUUGUGUAAUGGUUUUAUUGCAUCUACAGCGCGCGCUGACGUGCAGCCUCUCCAUGGAUGGUAGUUAAUUGGGCCCAAUGAUGUAGAGCCAACUCCACCUGGAUCUAAUUCCCUCCUCUCGUGGCGGAACUGGCUCCCCUGUGACUUUUGCGCAUGUUCAAUUGUUUUUAAUUCCCACAGCUUUUCACCACUCCUGGUUAUUGCUUUGGGUUAUAUCACCUCGGGUUUUAUAGAUUUUCGAAUGAAUGUUUGCCUCUAAAAGUGGGAGAUUAAGCUGGUGGCAGUUUGUACUUUUUAGAUUUAAAGCGCCCAGGCUGUUUCAGCGGUGACCAACUAUGGGGAAUUCAACUUGUGACAGACAUUUAAUGCGGCUCAUCUUUGGGACUAAAUAGUUUCCUGACAUUAAAUUUCAUCUAUACAAAACUUUCACCGCAGUGUUUGUUUGUUUAGGCACAUUUCCGUUGUUGCGUGCCAUUCUUCACUAUGUCCAGAUCAAACAGUGUCAGCCCACCCGGAGUCGGUGCGCCCGGGUUGAGGGGAGGGACCGAGCACAGAUCAGCUUGGGGCGAGUCUGAGUCCGUGGCCAACGGGUGCCCAUACUCGGCUAGAUCCCCGCGCAAGAAGCUCACCCGGACCAACAGUCGGUGGAGGGACGAGGAUGAUCUGGAACACCGGCCGCCCGGGCGAGCCUCCACGACCGUCAGCAGGGUCAGCUUCAGGUCCAGGUCUGCUUGGCAGGACCAUGGCGAGGAGAGCCGAGACAACAAGCGCGCAUCCCCUAAACGUCCAGACGGCGAGGUGAGACCCAAGUCUGUGGAGCUGGGUCUGGAGGAGCGGAGAGCCAAGCCGAGGACCGACGAGGAGGAGGUCAUGCCCGAAGUGAACUUUUCUUUAGUUGCGUGCUGCACCAGCGUCAUGCACAUUUUCAAAUCCAAGAAAUUCCAGUCGGAAAAGUUGGAGCGGCUCUACCAGCGCUACUUUUUCCGCCUCAACCAGAGCAGUUUGACUAUGCUCAUGGCAGUGCUGGUGCUGGUCUUCACGGUCAUGCUGGGCUUCCACUGCUCCGGUGGGACAGCAAAGCCGAGCGUAACUUAUGUGGUGGUAUUUUCCGUGGCCAUCUUCCUCACACUCAUACUUAUGGUGGUCUGCAACAGAAACGGCUUUCACCAGGACCAUAUGUGGAUUGUGUGCUACGUGGUCAUCCUGUUGGUGCUGGUGAUCCAGGUGAUCGGAGUGUUGCUCGUGCAGCCCAGAAGUGCCUCAGAGGGGAUCUGGUGGACCGUGUUCUUCAUCCAUGUCAUCUACACUCUGCUGCCCGUCAGGAUGCGCGCCGCAGUCAUCACUGGAGUUAUUCUUUCCGCCAUCCACGUGGCCGUUUCUUGGAUGUUAAACGGCAUGGACAGCUUUCUGUGGAAACAGAUAGUGUCCAACGUGCUGAUCUUCUCCUGUACCAACAUCGUGGGAGUGUGCACGCAUUACCCCGCUGAGGGCUCCCAGAGGCAGGCCUUCCAGGAGACCAGGGAAUGCAUCCAGGCUCGCCUCCACUCCCAGAGGGAAAACCAGCAACAGGAACGUCUCCUCCUCUCAGUGCUUCCCCGCCAUGUUGCCAUGGAAAUGAAAGCUGACAUAAACGCCAAGCAGGAGGACAUGAUGUUUCACAAGAUCUACAUCCAGAAGCACGACAACGUCAGCAUCUUAUUUGCAGACAUCGAGGGUUUCACCAGUCUGGCAUCCCAGUGCACAGCACAGGAGUUGGUGAUGACUCUUAAUGAACUCUUCGCCCGCUUUGACAAGCUGGCAGCGGAGAACCACUGUCUGCGGAUCAAGAUCCUGGGAGACUGCUACUACUGUGUGUCUGGACUGCCAGAGGCGAGGGCCGACCACGCCCACUGCUGUGUGGAGAUGGGGAUGGACAUGAUAGAGGCCAUCUCGUUGGUACGGGAGGUGACUGGGGUGAAUGUGAACAUGCGAGUGGGCAUCCACAGCGGCAGGGUGCACUGUGGGGUGCUGGGACUCAGGAAGUGGCAGUUUGACGUCUGGUCCAAUGACGUCACACUAGCCAAUCAGAUGGAGGCUGGCGGCCAAGCUGGACGUAUCCAUAUCACUAAGGCCACUCUGAAUUAUCUGAAUGGGGACUACGAUGUGGAGCCGGGAGCAGGGGGAGAAAGAAACGCCUACCUGAAGAAGAACGACAUAGAAACCUACCUCAUUGUGGGCUGCAGUCAGAAAAGGAAAGAGGAAAAGGCCAUGAUAGCCAAAAUGAACCGACAGAGGACCAAUUCUGUCACCCACAACAGCGGCCACUGGACCGACCGUCCAUUCUACAACCAUCUGGGCGGCAACCAGGUCUCCAAGGAGAUGAAGAGGAUGGGCUUUGAAGACCCCAAAGACAAGCAUUUCAUUUUCAGGAACACGCAGGAAAACCUAAACCCAGAGGACGAGGUGGAUGAGUUCCUGGGCCGCGCCAUCGACGCACGCAGCAUCGACCGUCUGCGCUCCGAACACGUCAAGAAGUUCCUGCUCACCUUCAGAGAGCCUGACCUGGAGAAAAAGUACUCCAAACAGGUGGACUCCAGGUUCGGGGCUUAUGUGGCCUGCGCCUCCCUCGUCUUUCUCUUCAUCUGCUUCAUCCAGAUCGUCAUUGUUCCACCCUCCAGUCUGAUGAUGGGCUUCUUCAUCACCUGUCUCAUUAUCCUGAUGGCUGUCAUGUUCGUCUCAACCGUGUACUGCUGUUUUGGGCUCUUCCCAGUCCCCUUGCAGACACUUUCCAAAAGGAUAGUCCAGUCCAGACUGAACAGCACCCUGGUGGGCGUCUUCACUAUCAUCAUCGUCUUUCUUUCUGCUUUCAUCAAUAUUUUCACCUGCAGCAGCCACGACCUGCGGGACUGCAUCAAGAGGGAGCUCAACAUCAGUCUGGACAGUGUGAACAUCUGUCACGCCCGCCUCCUCAACUUCAGCCUGGACACACAACACAGCCCCUGUGCAGACAACGCUCUCAUCUGCAGCUUCCCUGAGUACUUCUCGUCCUGCGUGCUGCUGAGCUUGCUGGCCAGCUCCGUCUUCCUGCAGAUCAGCAGCAUCGGUAAACUCUUCCUCAUGCUCUUCAUCGAGCUGCUCUACAUCCUCAUCCUGGAGGUGCCCACAGUGAACCUCUUUGACAACCAGGACCUGCUGGUGAUGGCCAACGCCAUCAACGUUGUCGAGCACAUGAAUGGAACAAGCUGUGUGAUGGACUCCAAGGUUCCUCUGAAGAUCAUGACCCCGGUGGUCAUCACCGUCUUCGUUCUCGCCCUCUACCUUCACGCCCAGCAGGUGGAGUCCACGGCCAGGCUCGAUUUCCUCUGGAAGCUGCAGGCCACAGAGGAGAAGGAGGAAAUGGAGGAGCUGCAGGCCUACAACCGCCGUCUGCUCCACAACAUCCUGCCCAAAGACGUGGCAGCCCACUUCUUGCAGCGAGAGCGACGUAACGACGAGCUCUACUACCAGUCGUGCGAGUGCGUGGCGGUCAUGUUCGCCUCCAUCAGCAACUUCUCAGAGUUCUACGUAGAGCUGGAGGGCAACAAUGAGGGAGUGGAGUGUCUGCGGCUGCUCAACGAGAUCAUUGCAGACUUUGAUGAGAUCAUCAGUGAGGAACAGUUCCGUCAGCUAGAGAAGAUCAAGACCAUCGGCUCCACCUACAUGGCGGCCUCCGGCCUCAAUGACUCCACAUAUGACAAGGUUGGGCGCUCGCACAUCCGUGCCCUGGCCGACUACGCCAUGAGGCUGAUGGACCAAAUGAAAUACAUCAAUGAGCACUCCUUUAACAACUUCAAGAUGAAAAUAGGUCUUAACAUUGGCCCUGUGGUUGCCGGGGUGAUUGGGGCCAGGAAGCCUCAGUACGACAUCUGGGGUAACACAGUGAACGUGGCGAGUCGUAUGGACAGCACAGGUGUACCGGAGAGGAUCCAGGUGACCGCAGACCUGCACCAGGUACUGAGCUCCUAUAACUACACACUAGAGUACAGAGGUGUGGUCACUGUCAAGGGCAAAGGAGAGAUGAUGACCUAUUUCCUCACCAGUGGACCCCCUAACAGUUAACCCCAACCAAGUGACAAACAGACACCCUGGGGUAGGCGCCUUAACUCUGCCUCCGACAUAACGAGCAGGCUCACGGACCUCGGAUAGCUUACGGGCAGAUUGAGACUGACUGAAGCGUCCCCUCUUACCGUGCUGAUCCUUUCUUAAACCCACUGAGGCCACAAUGAGAAAGGAUGAGAAAAUUCAUCCUAAAGCUCAGCCUGCGGAGGAGACAGUCAGUGGAAGAGGCCUAACUUGCCUGAAUCUGCCAUUGAGACCAAAGAAGUCCAAUCAGUGCGCAAAAGACAGAUUUCGCUGGCUGUGUAAGUCUAGGUCCUAAAGGAAAAAUGUUCUUAAAGAAAUUCUAUUUGCUUCAGUCUGUCAGAUUUUCUGAGGGUUUCCGACAAACCCACAGGAGGACAUGGACUACGUCACUUCCUCUCUUUCUCUCUGCCUUUCUCCUGCUGAAGUAUAUGUGUACAUGUAAAACACAGACAGUUUUAUGUGUAUGUAUACAAUUUUUAUGUACUGUAUGUGAAAACACAUUUUGUCCCUUCUGUUGUGAUAGAGGUACAAAACUCUCAAGUUUGUGCACUCAGCCAGCACCGCAGCACUAAUCCGUCCUUGCAUCGAUAUCUGAUCACAUCAGUAAUUAACCGAUUGAUGGAGGAGUCGCAGUAAGUUGGGUGGAGAGUGUGUCUUUACAGGUGAGAAGGUCCCUCAGAGACAGGUUGGACUGUGUUUUGUAUGAACAGACAGAAAACGCUCCGCAGUGUUUACAGAAAGUCAAAUGUAUAAAUUCACAAACUCACACUACAGUAUGGACAGCAUAUAUACACACACACUAAACACAAAGAGGAUGUCAAUGAAGAGCUUUUUUCUAAUCUUCGACAUUUUGUAUUUUGACUUCAGAACACCAAACCCUAUCAAAUAUUUUAAGAUUCUAUAUUUUGUACAUUAAUAUAUUAGAGAGCUAUCUAUAAACACCAAUGUGUAUUCAGACGUACAUACCGUAUCACUCAUGUUGGGAUUUCACAAGUCCUCACUAGUGUUGCCUGGUCUUAGCCUCAGCAGAUCGACGCCCCUGAAUGCCCGAUUUUCUUUCUCUUUUCACCAAAUUCAGCAUUUUCGAUCUGCAGGAAGUCAACCGUUUCUUUUGCUAGUGUGUUUGAAUCUCACGUUGAGAAGAAAGUGUUAAAACCAAGUGAGUGUGCUCUUUGAAUGGCAGACUAGAGUCUGGGAAUGGAUUAGUCUUUUUGCACUCCAGUUCUUUCAGCCGUCCACCCCUUCCUGCAUCGCUCCACAACCUCCUCUUGCUUGCUCAAUCAGAUGGUACGACCCAAUGAAUGUCCAAUGAUCUCCGAUGAGGCCUUUAAUAUGAACUCUACACUGACGGUGAUGAUGCUCAUCCUGUGGACAGGGACAGACGAGCCCGUGUGGAAAUGUGCCCUUUUAUCUGCUGUUGUUUUUUGUUUUUUUUGUUUCUUUUCCGAGCAGUUUUCUUCAAUAUUACAGCAUUACUCAGCAUGUCAUCAGACACACUAUCUUUGACCUGGCAGUUUCAUAGAUUUUAGUGAUUUUUAGUGAUGUUAUUACCAAACAUUACAGCUGGUUCUGUUUGUCUUGGCUGAGUCACAGAGUACAGUAAUCAGUAAAUGUCUGGACAGUGUCGAGUUUUAUCUGAGAAUAUUGAGGAAUAUAGCAUAUUUGAGAUAAAAGGCUAAAGGAUGAGGCUAGCAGUGUUCUUAUAUUUUAAAAAGACCAACAUCAACAAUGUGUUAGUCCAUCUCUCAAUACUUCCCUACACACACUGCACCCUCAGCCCCCAGGGCUCUGUCUGUUGUGAAGUCAUAAACCUUUAAAACACUGUAAACGCUGUAGUUUGUAGCAGGUAGAGCAUUUAUUGGGACUGUUGUUUAUUUAAAACCCUGUUGCUGUGCUAAGCUAGUGAGUAUUUAUUGCACCUGGACGUUGUAUGUGGGAUUGUCUCAAAAUGAACUACAGUGGAUCGAUGUUUGACUGUACCACUGCAAUCAUUAUUAAUUUUAAUUAAUUCAAUUAAUUAAAUAUGAAUUAAAAUUAUGCAUAUAGAAACACAAAAUGAAUGAUUAAAUAUUGAAAAAGAUCAUGAAAACACAGAGCAACUACUGGAGCUCUGAUUGGCCAGCUGCAAUGUGCCAGUUUGACUCUGGCCAAUCAGAGCUCCAGUAGUUGCUCCGCAUUGUUACUGUUUAAAAACUUAAAUUUAAGAUAAUUUUUGUAUUAAAUUUUGUUCCAUUUCAUAAAUAGAUUCUAAAUGACCAAUUUUAAACUAGGUUUAUAUUGUAUAUCUACAAAUAUACAAUAUAAAUAUAAUUAAACAAGUUUUUUUUAUUGAUCAAUGUAUUAACUGAUUUUUUAUUAAAUAAGGUUAAAGAUAUAAAGAUUCCAGUGGCCCACCCGAGCCUCUAUACCAGUGGGACAUGUCAUCCAGUGCAGACAUUUUGUUUUCGGGCAACAACAGAUUGCUCUAUGGAACCGAGGAAUGAGAUAUAUCAGGGUUUUGCUACAUGGGCGAUGCUUGUUUGUGCAAUUAUUCAUUGAUGAUUGUUGGUCUUUUCAUGGGAUAUAUGAAGACAUAUAUAUUAGCACCUGCCUUAACCUUUAAGAGAAACUUGGCACUGAGUCCAAAUGUUUGCUUUGAGCCUGUAGAAUGAAAAUAAGCUUGCACUGGUCUACUCUGGGGGUUUCUGUUUUGUUAAUGUACUGUACUGCUGCAACCAUUAUCUACACACCACUACUAAAACUUUUGUCAUCACAUUUGACUCAUUGAAUGCGGUGCCAUUCUACGCCCACGCGAGUCCCCUUUUUUCUACUGCUUAUAGAGCAGGAAUGUGCCAUAAGAAAGGGGUUGGAGAGAAGGCACAGAUCACAGAUGAGGGGUGCAGCUACGGGGUGCCUGAGGAGAUACUUUCUCAGAUUUAAAGAGAAGGAGAAGCUUGCCUCCUUUUUCAUUUCUACAGCUGAGGACUGAUGACUCUGAUUAUAUGACAGGGUGAGGCAGCGUCUGUGACAAAAACAGCUUCAGAGACAAAACCGUGGUUGUUUUUGUUGUCAUGCCAAACACUAUGCCCCUUUUGUUUUUAUUGUUUGGGUUUUUUUUACAGUCAAAUAAACUCCUGAGAUGUUUCACAGGUA